AUGUCUAUGGCCGGAAUCGUGCAUGCGUUGACAUUCACAACGAGCAAAAUAAUUCUUCACUUUGGUCGGCCAUAUUGCUGCGUCUACGUGCGUGCGUUCAAUCACUCGAAUUAUCUCCAUCGUCACCUGCUAAAUUGUAAUCAAGUUGUGCUGUUGCUUAACAAAACUGUCAUCUAAAAUGGGUGAUCGCAAAAAUCCCAUAAAGUUUGGACCAGAAUGGCUCCGAAAUUUGUCGAGGGAGCGUAACGGUCCCGGUUCGGGGAGUCAAAAUAAUCAGUCUGGGUAUGCUGGGAACGGGACCAGCGCAGGGAAUGCCGCUGGCAUUACUGGUGCAGCUGCCGGCGGCUCCAAUAACAGCAGCACCACGCCGGGCACAAGUGUAUCAUCAACAGCAACAUCAAAUGCUGCAGGCGGCACUUCAAAAUUAUUAUUGGCUAAAUUGCGAUAUGGCAGAGAAGAAAUGUUGGCAAUGUACGACAGAUCGUCAGAAGCCCCACUAGAAUUAAAACAUAAUGAAUUCCUUUAUCAAGCACGUGGAAAAACACCAUUAGCACUAAACAAUUCAUUUGAAGAUGAUAUGCCAAGUAAUGUGAGAAGUGGCCCGCCUCCCGGGAAUGUUCCACUUAACGAGAGGUUCGGUGCGGGAAGAGGAGCUGCUUCUCGGGGCACACUCGGUGGCGAGAGCAGGGGUAGACCACGGAUGCCUUUCGCCCGCCAUACAUCAAGUGGGAGAGGAUCGUGGUAUUCGGGAGGCACGAGGGUUCCUGGAAGAGAGUCAUUCACUGGUACAGAUGAUGAGACCUCGCAACGAUCUUGGAAUACAAGUAACGGUUCAAGCUCUAACAGAAACAAUAGUGACCAAACAGACUGGAGCAAAAUGUUUAGAAGUAAACGGCAAGGUCAAACCACGAAUUGGCGGCAGUCUCGCGAUGAGAACGAGGAGUGGCGUUCGUCAGAUACGGGCCGUUCUCGAUCCCAGCAUGAUAAAUGGGAUCGAGAUUGGGGCGACAAGACAAACACCGAUAAAUCUCAGGAUAAAUGGGGUUCAAAUCGUCGGACGUGGGUUGGAGGAGACUCACAGAAUGACGAUUUACCGGAGUGGGCAGUGGAUAGUGCUGAAGCUUGCGGUGGCACAUUUGAUUCCUCAGGAGCAUUUCAUGGAUAUAGUAAUGAUGACACUAACCUGCCAAAAUCUCAAGAUAAUAUCCAUUCACUUACAAGGUCCCAUACACAUGGAAACAUACCUCGUUCAAAAAUAGUGGAAGAAGGCUCUGAAGAAUGGUGGGCGUCGGAAAAAGCAAAAAAAUUAUCUCCGAAGAAAUUUGAUGCCAGUGACAUACAAUUCAACAAAAAGCGAAUUAUGACCGGGAUAUCAGAAGCAUCUGCCUCUUCAUCUAAUCAUAGACCGACGUCCACCAAAGAAGAUGCGAAACAAGAAUUAUCAGAGAAAUUGGAACCAUUGGAAGAAGUGUCACCAGAUUCAUCAAACGUAGACAAUGGAACACAGGAAGAAGAUAAAUUCAAUAAGCGAAAUUUAAAAAUAGAAUUUCCAGAGAGUAAAACGUUUAAUUCAUUGUUGAGGUCUGAUAUUAACUUAGAGGAAGCCAAUGAUGAACGAAGCAACUUCCAGUCUGUGAUGAUUACUAAAAAUAAUAGUUUGAGGCAAAAACAUCAAAAUAUAGUAACCGUUAUUCCUGAUAAUACAACUGCAAAUCUUAGAAAAACUAAUAUGAUAAAUAUAAUAUCACCCCCAAGUAAAUUUAGUGAUGGUGAAUACGAAAAUAGGAAACAGCAUGGUUUGCCAGAGGACAAAAUUGUUGAAGAAAUAUUUGAUAUGGCUCUGGAAGACAAAGAAAUUUCAAAUAUAUCAAAAAUGCCAAUGUCUACCGUUAGUUCAAUAAUGAAUGCGGCAAGUUCCGCUAUGUCGUCAGGGAUGGCUGCCACAGUCAGUUCAAUGACCCAAAUGGGAAAUCCACCCAUGCAAAUGAGGAUUUCAAGUCCUGUACAUCCGAAUCAAGGUUUAGCAAUGAAUAAAUCAAAUAUGCCUACAUCUAUACAGGGUCAUGGAAUGCCAACAUCUGGUAUAAAACAAAUUGGCAUGACAAAUGCAGCGCUGAAUGCAUCCUUGGGCUUACCUAUUGUAUCCACUGGUCCAACAAUGGGCAUACAACUGCAAGGUGUACCACCACCUAUGUUGUCAAAUUCAAACAUGAAUCCAGGCAUGUCUAAUCCAGGCAUGUCUAAUCCAGGCAUGUCUAAUCCAGGCAUGUCUAAUCAAGGCAUGUCUAAUCAAGGCAUGUCUAAUCCAGGCAUGUCUAAUCCAGGCAUGUCUAAUCCAGGCAUGUCUAAUCCAGGCAUGUCUAAUCCAGGCAUUUCUAAUCCAGGCAUGUCUAAUCCAGGCAUGUCUAAUCCAGGCAUGUCUAAUCCAGGCUUGUCUAAUCUAGGCAUGGGAGGAGGCGUUCUGUCUGCAGGAAUAGCUGCAGGCAUGCAGCCUAAUGGUCCAAGCAUGGCCGGAUUUACAACUGGUGGAGGAUUAUCUGGAAUGGCCUCAGCAAAUAUUGCAAACAAUUCUCUCUUCCUGAACCAAAACAAUCCUCAGGCGGCGAUGCAGAAUCAUCCCAAUCAAAAUAAUUUAUUUGCUAUGCAUGGUCUCCAACAUUCAUCGUCACAGUCUUUUGGGAAUUCAAUGUACGGGAAUAUGAUGCAGCAAACUAACCCAGCACAAGCACAAACAAGUACACAGAAUCCUGCAGAGCUUUGGUAUUACGAAGAUCCAAAGAAAAUUAUUCAAGGACCAUUCUCUUCAAAGGAAAUGAACAAUUGGUAUAGAGCUGGCUUUUUCACACCAAGCUUGAUGGUGCGACGAGCUUGUGAUACACACAUGCGUCCUCUAGGCAGUUAUGGACUAGUAGUACCAUUCGCUCAAGUGGACAUGUUGUCUUCAUACCCUAUGAAUAAUUCUUUUGAGCCACGUUCGCAAGCACCUCACGAAUCUAUGAUGAAUACUCAGCAAGGGCUCGGAUUGGAAUCGGUGAUCAAUGUAAAUAAUAAUACAACACCAUUGGAUAUACGUUUUGGAUCUGUGGGAGUAGUUGUAAAUCCAACUUUUGCACAACCACGUCUAAUGGUUGAUUCGCUAUGGAGUCAGUCGAGCGCAGCGCCCGACAUGCUGUGGAUGCAACAGGCCAUCAACGCUCGCAACGAUAAUCGAGUCAAUAAUCUUCCGAUGUAUUUCUGGGAUCAACAGCCUAAUGCCAUUGCAUCAAGCCCAUUACUGCCCGAAGAAAUAGCCAAGGAAAUUAAGACUGAAGACCAAAUCCUAGCGCAAAUACGGGGAACGCAGAACAUCAGUUCACAGCCAAAUAUUCCCUUUAUCAAUGAUCAGCCAGUAGCAACAUUGUCAUCUACGAAGCCCUUCUCGACUUCGGAAAAUAUAACACCAAACUUGGAAGUACUGCAGAAGCUUAUGUACGAAAAAGACAUCAUAAAACCCGCUGCCACUGAUAAAAGUACACCCAAAGAAUCUUCGGUCCAAUCAAAGCCUGAAAGGCAUGCAAAUCCACCGCCUGCAGAAACAAUCGGCAAACCUCAAAUAAAUCAAAUUAAAUCAACCGUUGAAUCCAAACAAUCGAAACAAUCCAAGAACGAGUCCGAAAAGGCUAAGAAUAAAGAUAAUAGUACUAAGAGCAAAACGAAGAAGAGUAAAGAAGAGAAGAAAGAUGACAAUGAAGUGAAAAAAGAAGAAGAUACAGUCAAAAGUGAGAAAAGAUUAGAUGAUUUUUCGCCUACAAAAAGCAAAAAAGAAGAUAAACUAAAUAAGAAAGAACUCGAAAAGGAGAAAAAAGAAUGGCUGAAAGAAGGAUUUACUAUUGUUAAGGGUCCAGAAAAGAGCAAUAAUAAAGACAAAAAGAAGACAGAAGAAGCCAAAGUUAUCGAAGAGGCUGAACGUAAAAAGAAAGAGGAUGACAAGAUAGCUGCCGAAGAAGAAAAGAAACGGAAACAAGCCGAGGCUCUCAAGAAGCAACAGGAACAACAGCAGCAACAACGCCAAGCAUCGGAGUCUGUGAUAAAGAAGGCUCCAUGGUCAGCGGUAGCCAACCAAACUAUGCAGUCUACUAAUAAGGACGGACUCACAUUGUCCGAGAUACAACGGUUGGAACGCGAGAAGAAGCUAGAGCAGAUGAAGGAACAACACCAGAUGAUGCAGAUAAUCGCUCAGCAGCAAGCUGCACAACUUGCAAGAGAACAGGAAAUGCAGGCUGGAUUAGGUUGGGCAAAGAAGAAAGGGACCAAUGUAAACAUACCUGGCCAAAGUUUAGCCGAGAUUCAGGCUGAGACUCGUAAGCAGGCAGCAGUGGCGGCAGUACAAGCCCAGGCACUGGAGGAGGCACAAGCCGGCACUCAAGCACAGGCUUCUGUCAACCACGUGCCCUGGGGCAAUGCUCACAAUGGAGUUACCGGUGGAUUCUGGGACACCCAGCCAAAUACGCAGCCGAAACCAGCGGAGAAGCCUCAAGAACCUCCUAAAGUGGAACAGCCCAAGACAAAGAAGAAGCCGGUGACCGUUGCCCCACCUAAGAAGGAAAGCACGCCAGCUGCGGAAUUUGAGAACUGGUGCACCAAUGUGCUGUCUUCUUGGAGCUCCAAGAUUGACGUGCCAACUUUUGUUGGUUUCCUGAAAGAUAUCGAGUCGCCGUACGAAGUGAAGGAUUACGUCAAAUGCUAUUUAGGCGAGACCAAGGAGUCUAGCGAUUUUGCCAGGCAGUUCCUUGAACGGAGGUCUAAAUUACUGCGCGUGGGCAUGGUGACACCAUCAGAUGACCUGUGCUCUCCGGCUAUUGCAGUCAAUCCUCGCACCACUUCAGGAUCUGAUUAUCAGGAGGUCAAGGGUAGAGGAAAGAAGAGCAAAAAGAACAAGAUGCUAAAAGUGGACUCUCGGAUCCUGGGUUUCUCGGUAACGGCAGCCGAGGAUCGCAUCAACGUCGGUGACAUCGACACCGUGUGAGCCGCCGCCGUGUCUCGUGUUCACCACAACUCGUAUUGUGAUAACCCAACGCAGUAAUGUACAUUCGCCAACAAUACUACCUUAAACAUAUUUCACUGUAUUUCUAGCCUCAUUGUUACGCGAACGGUUCAUGAGUGUUCAUCGAUUUAUGUUGUUAACCCCACCGACUCCCAUGGUAUCCAUCGGGGUCCAACGCGGGGUGAAUUGGCCCUCCCUAGCUUCCUUCAAAUCGAACUUGUGAGUAGAAUUGUUUAAUAUAGGAGACUAGUGCGGCAGGGGUACUGCGACACCUAUCACCAAACUGCGUAUGAACUAGAAAGCCGUUUUUUAUUAAUUGUUGUAUUGAAGUGUAGACGGAAGUGACAGAUGUUGAUGGUUAGUAUUAUUUAUGCAUGCAUACACGUACAUAAAGUGUCAGCUAGUGCAUAAUAACGUGACGACAAUUAUUGUGCCUUCAGUGUGUUCUGGCCGUUGGGUGGAGUGUCCUUUUUUAGUGUUUAUUUUGUAUUUACAAAAUGUAUAUUUGUGAAACGUAUAUAUGAUAAUCUGUGUCCUAAUAUGUUGUGGCUCAAAACCUGAUAAUAAAUCCUUUUUUUUUUAUUUAAUACCAAUAUUUUGAUAGGUACACAGUGCAUAAUAUAUGACCUGUACUAAUAGUCUAGUCACAUGUAAACUUAUUCAUCUAUCCUAACUGUAAUUUUUAUACUUUCAAACUGUUAUAAUGCAGUUCUAUUACUCUCUGUGUAGUCUAUUCUUUAAUAUGUACCUAUCCUAUAUUUAUUAUUAGUUUAUUAUUAAUGCUAAUUCGAUAGUAUCCACCAUUUUAUACUAAAUGGAUUAUGUAAGUAUAAUCACAUUACGUAUUUUGCUCAUCGUAACUGAAUGUUGUGAUUCACAUAGGAAAUAUCAAAUUAAUCCAUUUGAAAUGUAACCCUUGGACUUAUUGAAUAGUGUUGAUUGAUUUUUUACGUGACUUUGGUCUACAAGGCACUGGUACUUUCAUUUUUAGACAUAUUGGUAUAUUGAUCGUUUUGCAUAUAUAAAUAGGUCAUUUUAAAAUUGCUGAAUUAUAUAAAAGCCACAACUGAAUUAAAAAAAGUACAAGUCUGAUGGGACAUUAUUGUCUUAAAUUAUAGAUGAUAUUUUUGAUCGAAUAUCUGUUUAUAAAUUACAUAAUAUUGUGUUCAAUUUUACAUUGGCUACGAUUAGUAGACGAUCCUAUGGUUCUUUGUGCAACCACACCUUUACCGAGGUUGUCUUUUAUAAUUUAAUUAAAUCGGUGUUAAUAUUUUGCCUGUUUUAAUUUUGCUUGUUUGGCAAAAGAAUGUAUGUGUGCUGUGUUGUCUUCUUAUAAAUUUUAUUUCUUUAUACUUUGUUGUGAAUACCAUUUUAAAUAAUUUACAUAAAUGAAUUUGCCAAUUUAAGUAUCUUUUUAACAAACCAAUUUUCAUAUAGCUACCUUUUAAGCUCUUAUAUCAAUUUACAUUCAUAAAACGUCAUGAAAUACCAAUAUUUUAUUAUACUUUAUUCCACCUGAAAUUAAGUUCCCGUUUUAUCGAUUUUAUAUUUAAUUAUCGUUUAUUGAACAAUAGUAUAAUAUUAUUGUAAAUAUAAACAAUGAGUGGAUAUAACGAUGAAUAUAAUAUUGUUUUAUUUACAACUAUGUUUUAUCUGUGGCGUUAAAUUGAUAACACAUGUAUGGAAAAUAGGACGGAUGAUAAUAGGCAUAAGUAUUGUAGCUGAUAUUCCUCGGCGUACUUUUAUAUUCGAUGGCGUACACAGAGGGGGACAUUUUGUCUGUGGACACUAUUUCCUCUUUACUGUUUGCCCUGCCUUAUUACGUAAGUCCAAUGAGAGGUAAAAUGUUAAAGUAUAUGGCUAACAAUAUACGUCGUUUGCUCCUGAGCAAUGAAUGGCACACAGGGCUGCAUCGCAUAUAGCACACGAUUAAUACUCGUACGAGUCCGCGGCUAAACAUAUAGAGGAGUUAUUCCACCGUUGACAAAAAGUCUCUCGUCUGCACAGGCAUUUAUCUAUGACAUGCCUAAUUUUUGUGAACAACAUAGUAUAAUAGCAGUCUCUUCGGUUGUAUUUUAUUGAAAAUAAUGUUUUAAAAUCACUCCGGUAGAAUAAUGUUAAUGUCCGUUUCGGUAUUGUUUAAAUGCAUGCAACUUUAUAGAAUAUCAGAAUCGUUGUAGUAGUUGAUUUUAAAAAGAUGAUUUUAUAAUUUCUAAUUUUAUAAUUUUGCCUAAGGGCUUUGUUAGUGUUUAUGUAUAUACUAUUAUAACAUUUAAAAUAUUGUAUAAUCGUUUUGUAUAUACAUUAUUUCUUAUGUAUAAUUUUAAUGUGAUUUGCAUUGUUUACGGAGUCAGCGUUCAAUAGUGAAUUACACACCCGCGGACAGUUUUUGCGAGUAUGGUUCUUUUGUAAUAUUUGAUAUGAAUUACACUCGUGUACAGUUUUUACUAAAACAUUUUCUAAUUCUAAUAAGCUCUGAAACUGUGUGUACGGUAUAUUGAACGUUAUUCUGUGUAAUGAUAUAACUAAUAGAAUAAUCGAGUAUGUCGACAAUGUGUUUUUAUUUUUUAGUACUUACCAGGCUUAGGCACAGAUCGUUGAAUAUAUUCAGAUAUCUAUGCGUUUAGGAUACCUGAACGUAACUACCGCGACAUCUGUUAUUUGUUUUAGAAUUGUUGUUAGUGAUUAAAUGAAACACCUUGUCCUCUACUCAAAUUUUAAACAAUGCUAAGCGAGAUUAAAUAAUUAUAUAUUAUAUUAAAAAAAAAAUUGAAUAAAAUUCAUAAGUAAUUGUCGAAUUUUUUUGUUGUGAAGAGGGAUGACAGAAAUGAGAACACGACUGCCUUUACACUAUAAAAUAACUCUCUCAUAUUGGCUACGUAUCAUUGCGUUCGUAAAUGCUAGAGAAAUCAACAUGAGGAUAUACAUUAACUUGCAAAAUCAUAUAUUCGGUUAUAGUUAAGAAUAGGAAUAUAUGGAAUUUCAUAUGAUUUUAUGUAUAUAUAAAUUAUUAAGGGUAAAUUACGAAAUUCAGCGUGAAUACUUUAUUGUGUUUGAAUGGAAAAUUUGAAUGUGAGAUAGUGUAAUUUUAAAGAAAGCGAUUUCUCAAUUAGAGUAAUUGUCCGAUACUCGAGCCAGAAACGAGGGCUUCAAAUAACUCUGGUUGGAACUCGUCCUAUCUUCCGUGUAUGUGGUGUUUUUUUUUUUUUUUACGUAGUAUUAGAAAUGUAGGAAAUAUCAUCACAACUAGUUUAUUGUAUAUAUUAGUUUUUACAAGUAGCUAAGUUUCUUUUAUAAGCAAUAUUGAUUUUUAAUUAAAAAAUAUUUUGCAAUUGAAUUUAUACAGAAAUUCAGAAAUAUAAAUUUAACAGAAAUCGAUUUCCAUAUAAUAUUGCCGUUUUAUUGAAGUCACUGUUAUUUCAUUGUCUUAAAUAGGUAGACACAUCUUUUCUUCUUUCGGGGGAAGUAUCUUUUUUGUGAUCAGGGUGUUGUUUACAUAUUUAAUUUUGCAAAAAAACGAUAAUAAUUUACAUGAAGUUAGGCAGGUAUAAUAUAGAUAGGCAGGUGAAGGUAUAAUACCUUUUGGCAUUCCUCUCAGAAUUCUUAGUUGUAAGAUCGCGCCAUUGAAUACGGUUUCAAUUUACACGUAGUGGGAAUUUUAUUUCCUUUAAAUAAUACAUCACAAUUAUUAAUAAUUUUUUAUUAUUUUGAAUUAAUUAAUUUAAUUGUUACGUAUAUAUUAAAAUUGAAGUAUAAAUAUUAUUUAUAUUCGACAUAACUUUAUUAUGAAAUAAUCUAUUAAGCUCAUUUUAAUUUUUAUUGUACAGUAGAAUCUCGAUUAUCCAUCCGAAUCAAAUAUAACCAAGUAUAUUCAGUAUAAUCGAAAAUCCGGAUAAUCGAUUUAAUUAAAUAAUAAUUACAUCUUAAUAUUUUUCAUUAUGUAAAGGGUUUUACAUACGUCAUUUAGAUAAUACGAGAUAAAAAAUUACCAGCUGUAAAGAUAAUGGAUAAUAUCUAUGUAAUUUAAAAUUUUAGUUGGAAGCAAUUAGUUACUAUAAUUCUGCGUAAUAAAUCACAUCUUUUCAUUGAGGACAAGUCCCUGAUGCCCUUCAAUUGUAACAACUGUAUGGGAUUCGAUUCGUUCUGUCUUUCAAUCCAUUUAAAAGUAACAUCUAGAGUUUCAAAAGCCGCGUGAAAUGGUAUUUGGCAUACAUCACUAGUAUCAGUCUCUUCAUCUUCUUUUUCGAUAUUGUUCAAAUUGUUAAUGAUUUCUUCAUCAGUUAAUUCUUUUAUUUUUUCAUCACACCCUCUACCAAUACUAAGAAUUUUUACUGCUUCUAUUAUUUCCUUGAUAUCGUCGUUUGGUUUUACGCUUCUACCAGCAUAUAGCAAGAGUGUUUUAAAUUUAUUUCUAAAAAAAAGAAUCGACAUAGUCUCUAUUUCACUGCUGUCUGCUGACAAAAGACGACAUAGUAGCUGCGAUAAGAAAAGAGGUCCCCAGAUAUAGUCUGCCCGCAUGCUCUCUUUUGUAAGAACCAAGUAAAAAUUGUUUUCCAGAAUUUCAUUGAGACUUUUUUGCGAGCUUCUUUAAAGCGAGCAAGUGAAUUUCAACAUGGAAUCAGAUUUUUUUAAUGUCUGAUAUUGUUAAAACUUCUACACCAUUCAUUUAUGUUAACUUACUGCCAGUUUCACCAUUUUUAACCUCUUAGUAAUCUACACUUUGUCUUUAGAUUUCUAAUGCAAUAGGUAAACAAAAAUAAAAGACAACCUCUCAAUUGAAUGUUGUUAAAUAAAAUGAAGGCAAAAAAACAUACUACUGUGCAAACAAUGAGAGGGGGAAUAUUUACACUUCGGAUAUCUAAACUCGUAAUGUCUCGUUGCGUCCUCAAAUCAUUACAUUAGUGACUAAAGCCGUGAAGAAUAAGUCCGGAUAACCGAAUAUUCGGAUAAUCGAGAUUCUACUGUUUUGAGUUUCAUAAAUAUUAUCGCCGGGUUUGCCUUUUUUAUAUCUUUUAUACUUUUUACAAUCGUUACAGUUACAAUCUAUUUGUGGAGGUUAUCCAAAUGAAUUAAAUGUUAAACUAUGCACAAGCAUACUCGACGUUUUGGUGUUCACGCAAGCAACUUGUUUGAACCUUUUGUUCAAACAUUGAUUAGGGUUGAACGUGCAGAGAUCUUUUUUUAUCUUUUUUUUUAACUAUAUUUAAUAGCAUGUGUUGUGGCCUCAUUGAUCGGUUUUCUCGCUGGCCGCUAAGACAUUCUACAGACAAAACUGACGGCUUGAGACAAAACAAAUUACUAAGACAAAAGACGAAAAAGAAGACGGACAUAAUUCUGAUACGAUAAAUUUUCCUUUUAAUUUGAAUAACUUUUGACGACAAAUUCGAACCUUCGACCUUUCAAACGGUCCUUCGGCCUUUCAAGUACUCUUUCAAAAAAAGUACAGCCAACCUGCGGUGCAGACACGAAGAUAAGCGAAGAUGACGACAAUUCCGACAAUGCUGCUUUUUACUGUUGACCAGGUUAAACACGAAACAGACACACGAGACAGUCCGCCCGUGGUAGCCGCCAUCCCUCACCACGGCAUCCGCUCGUCCGCAUUCUAAUAUGUCCACAUUAACUGUAGUAAGAAGACGACGACUCCUACAACUGCAAUUGCAAGCCGCGAAAGAGUGCGCAUUGGUACAAACUAGACUCAUUGAAGAAAAACUGGCACUAUCAGCACAAGCACUCGAAAAUGAAGACAACCUACUCAUGCUCAAUAGGACACAAUCGCGCGAGUCUGUCUAUUUACAACCUCAGGUAAGGCGUAUUAUUAGUAUACCCCACACUAUCUCGACGGCUAUCAAUACUGAUACACAGGCAGCCCGAAAUUGUGCCUGUACCACAACACACGCAGUCUUGAGAAUGACUAUACGAACAUGUCUAAACUUUUAGCCAGGCAAUCAAGCACAAAAGAGCUGCCCUUGUAUAGCGGUGAGUCUGAAGAAUGGCCGUUGUUUUAUAGUCAGUACAUAUCGACAACACGUCUGUGUGGUUAUAGCGACGAAGACAACGCACGACUAGCGCUUUGCCUAAAGGGUCGUGCGCAUGACGCUGUAUCUGCGCUGUUGGUGAGUUCGUGAAUGAAUCAUAGAAGUCAUAUUGAACAAAAUAAGGCUCAUGCGUGACGUCAGUCACGAUGACGUCAAUCAUUUAAUAGAAUAUGCGACUGCAGUUCAAAAUGUAGCUACGAUGAAAAUAACAGAAGAGGUUGGACGAGUAAAAUUUCGACAUUAUUAAAAUAUCAAUGGAGUAUGUAUAUAUCAAAUAAAGAUGUAAAUAUUGUAAAUUUAAGUUAUGUAUUUGAGUGGCUCAUGAUCGUAGAUAGCGCCUCCCCUUACAUUGCCCCGCUGCCUAUAAAGACUGUAAAUAAUCCUGGUCAAGCCUGACCAUAGACCAUGGAGACCGAUGGUGGCUAUAGUUUCAUCACAAUCAGAUACAUGUGUAUUCUGCAACGGUAAUCCUCGACUUAGUGAUAGUCAUGAUUUAAAACAGAUGACGAUAGACGACCGCUGGAAGUUGAUAAUUGACAAAAAAUUGUUUCUCUUGUCUAUCUGUACGAUACCAAUUGAAAGCCUGCAAGAGAAAAAUUAAAUGCUCUAUUCGUGACUGUGCCCAUGCUCAUCACACCUUGCUUCAUGCUGCCCGACGCGACGAGACUGAUGAUAUAUCAGUAUCGCAUGUAUUAUUUGAAGGUCGUGCCAGUCGUUGCAUCGGGUACAAGAAGUGACGUCACUUCCUUGGCUCUCCUUGAUGAAGAUGCAUCUGUAAGCCUGGUUGAUGCUGCGCUGCUCGAGAAGGCUGGCAUUACUAGUUCGACGACAAAUCUACACAUGCCUGAUGUGUCCGGAAUAUCAACCACAGAGACGGACUCAAAAAUAGUGUCAUUUAAUAUUCGCGGUUUGAAUGAAAAAUAUGUGUAUAGUGUAAAUAGUGUUCGUUCUGUAAAUAAUUUGAAUAUUGUAGUAGAUAGGAUUUCAUAUAAAAAUAUUGUAAAUAAAUAUCCUUAUGUGACUGACUGACAUAGGACCUAGAAAAAUUUAGUUAUUAAUUGGACAAAAAAACAUUGACUUAAUUAUUACUAGACAAAUAAUACAAGGACACAAGAACGGACCUAUAAUAUCUAAGACGGACUUGGGUUAUGUGGUACAGGGGAACAUAGGACUCCGUAGUAUAGCGAAUCACAAAACUAUAUUACAUGCCCUUGACGAAUUACAAGACCUCGUUAAGAGAUCUUUUUCCACAGAGUAUUUCGGCGUGAAGUAGACAGGUGACUUUCUUUGUUCUCGAGAGGAUCGGCCAGCGCUGAAGAUUAUGGAACAGGCCACGAAACUUGUCUCAAGGACGAUGGAAGACGGGCCCACUCUGGAGAUCUAAUGACGUUUAGCUCCCGAAUAGCUACCCACAGGCGAAGAGUAUACUUACUGGUAUCCAGAGAGUUUCAUAGGUAUCCCGAGCUUGCUGUUAUGUAUGAGGACAAGAUCCAGGAGAAUGUUGAUAAAGGAUACAUCUUAAAAUUAACUCCAGAGGAGGCCUCGAUCCAGACCAGUAAGACAUGGUAUCUUCCUCAUUUUGCCGUUUUCAAUCCUAAUAAACCUAAUAAGUUACGGAUUGUACUCGACUGUGUAAGCCAAGUCUGGUGGUAAGUCACUUAAUGACUUCCUACUGAGUAGACCAGAUUUUUUAACAUCUUUGCCUGCUGUUUUAUUAGGGUUCCGUAUAGGCAAAUAUUGUAUUAGUGGUGACAUCCCAGAGAUCUUCCAUAGAGUUCUUAUAAGGGAAUAUGAUCGACAUGUCCAAAGACUCAAAGUAAUGAGCAUACCCACGUCUCGAGAUACAGGCUACCUUGACGGGUGCUAGACUAGCUCACACUUUGAAGCAACACUUCGACGCAAGCGUAACACUGGUCUGACUCUAAGACUGUUCUAAACUGACUUCGUGCUGACAGCGGUCGCUUUAAGCGAGAACUACUAACCAACGUUAAUCAUUGGAGGUAGGUACCGUCAGGCCUCAAUGCGGCAGAUAAUGCAAUUAGAGAAAGGGUUACUGAGGAUAAUACGAGCUGAUUACAUGGACCACAGUUUCUUCGUGUGUCUAAGGAAUUCUGGCCGUCAGAAGAAACUGACAUUGUUGUAGAUCUUGACGACGUUGAAGUGAAAACCAUCUUAGUUUUAACUGAAGUGUCUUAAUCUGCCUGACAUCAGCCGAUUCUCAAAGUUUCGGAGGCUAAUAAAAAGUACCCCCUGGUUCUACCGCGAUGUAUGUAACCGGUCUUGCAAAGAACAAAAAACGAGGCGAAUUGACAGCGGACGAAGUUAAAGAAGCAGAGAAGGCGCAUAUUAAGGAUAUUCAAAGGAGAAUAUUUUUUGCGAUAUUAGAAAUAUUCAAAAAUGUGGACAAGUGGAUAAAGAAAGUUUCUUACGCCAAUUGACUCCGUUUCUGGACGGAGACUCCAUUCUACGCGCUGGCCAGACUGAACAUUCGCGCCUAGGCCAUGCUUGGAGUAUUGGCUUCCAGUACUGGAGGUGGGGAUGUUGCGGCCACUUUGACUGGUUGUCUUGUUGGCCGCUAAGAUAUUUUACAGACAGCUGACGGCUUGGGACAAAACAAAUGAUUACGACAAAAGACGGGAAAGAAGACGGAUAUAAUUUUGAUACGAUAAAUUUUCCUUUUAUUUUUAAUACUUUUUGAUGAGAAAUUCGGACCUUCGACCUUUCAAACUGUCCUUCGACCUUUCAGCCUGUUUCGCACAAUAUCUUUUGAUGAGAAAUUCGGACCUUCGACCUUUCAAACAGUCCUUCGACCUUUCAAAUAGUCCUUCGACCUUUCAGUCUGUUUCGCACAUUGAAAUUGCCAAACCAUUUCGAUGUUAAUAAGUAAAAAACUUAAAAUAUAAUGUAUCACAUGGCGCCGAUUAGCUGCGCGAUCACUGUUAACUGCUUUAAUAGCUUUAAGAUGGGAAGCGUAUUGUAUAUAUGUAUUCUUAACGGUAGCCUAAUGUACACUUCGCUUGCCUAGAAACAUCGUUGUCUUUAGUGCGAUUGAUUUCGAAUAUUGGAUUAAGCACGCACAAAAUAUUUUGUCCAUGAUUUCAUCGCGCAUCUAUCGCCGCUGUGUAGCCAGUAUGUAAGUGAUAUUAACGUAUUUAUUAAAAUAGUUUUUUUUAUAAUUCGAAGGCGGCCAACACAUUAUGGCCAGUAUGUCUACGGUUUUAAAAUUGGAAUUGCAAAAUUAUUGUCUAUAGGUUUUUAGGUAUCUCCGACAAAUCCGAUUAUAUUUACCAGUAUAUACUAUCAGCACAGUGUAAGGAGUCUUCAUAUACUGGUUUAACGCCAACAAAUCUGUUGGCAUGCCACCUUUGUUGCAAGGGUUGUCACAUUUAUUUUGAACUGACUUCAAAACGAAGAGAUUUUUGAGUAUUCCUGUUUUCACAUUUUUGAUAUGGAUAUCGAAGCCACUGUAUGAAAAGUAGCUCUUUAUACCGUGCUGUCAGUUUGAACCUAUUUCCACUUUUUUAGUGUGUUUCCUGCCUCGCAGACAGUCGCACACGGCAUAGCUGAUUGUUUUACAACUACAGCCUUAAAUGAUGAAGCAAUAAGUGUACUGACCUUUUAAACUCUAAUUGAAUGUUAAAUGUUUCGAUAAUUAUUAUUAUAUGAUGAAUAUGUUUAAAGACGUGUAAAUACUAUGUUAGAGUUAAUAAUAAAAUAAUUGAUCAUUGGA